AUGGCGGCGUCGACGUCGGACGACGUCGGGAAGGACGAGCUGCCAGAGGCUCUGAGUAGGAUCGUGGGUGUGCUCGCCGAGGUCCAGAAGAAAUUCAUCAUUUAUCUCAGCGACGAGGUGCGUUCGGCCUUUCCUCCUCUAUUCAAGCCCCCUUUUUCUUUUUUCUUUCUUCUUUCUUCUUUCUUCUUUCCCCACGUGUGAUUCAUUGGCUAGCCCAUGAUGCGAAUAGGCCGCUCGGCGGAAAUCGGAUGCUGGGAUAUGUGGGUUCCUUGUGGAUCUGUAGCUUGAAUAGAAAAGUUUACGCGCACAUUCCAUUCCCUUGAAAAAAAAUGAAUGAUUGGGGAAUUGGACCUCUGGUUGACCCGGAUGAGGCGCCUGAAUAUAGGAUCCGACUCGGAUCAUCCUGGAUUGCUUUAAUCGGCAACAGGUUUUCUGUUUGUUGCUGAAAAGGAGGAUGAACUUGUGACUCUGGCCAACUGAUUGUAUGUUUCUUCAAUUCUGCAAGCUCGGUUCAGCUGAAUAGUCUCCAUUGCUGAAUAGUCGGACCUGUAUUUACUGAGACAAUGAAGUUCCUUAAUUUCGUAAAUUUGUCUUACUAUACUUCUUUUGACUGCACCUAUGAAUUUCCAUGUUUUCUUGGUUUUCACACUUUUUUGACAGUUUCUGCGACGCAAAAUGGCUUCAGUUCUCAUUUUGGUCGUUUUUCCUUUAUUGAAAUGCACCGACAGCUGUGUUUGGCCGUUAAGUUGAGUUGAUAGCUUGCCCGUUACUAUGCUGUUGACUGGUCUUGGUGACCCAGUGACUAAUGGACCUUGUGCUGUUGCAUCAAGAGACCAUAAAUUUGAAGAAAAUACUGAAUUGAUAGAAUGUUGGCAAUUUUCUAUGAUGUCGAAGUGUCUUGAACGUUGUCUUUAUUGGUAUAAAAGGCAACAAUCCAGGAAAUAUCCGUCUAAAACAUCCACAAGAGACUGAUUUUAAUGAUAAAGUUUCUGAUUUUUUGUCUCAAUCUGAUCAUCAUGCAGCGAUCUAAAGAUGUGCAUAGCAUUAGAAGCUAACACAAUGCUUAUGCUGAUGGCAUUUAUCUUAAUUUAUAUGCUGACACUAGUUAUCAUGAUUUUUUAAAAAUCUUGUUUAUUUUCCAAGAUGAGUUUUAAACUCCCUUUGAAACGGAGACAUCAUAUUUGUUUUCCUUAAAAGUUCUCUGUUAAUUUUUAACUGAGUUUUAAUACCAUAAUGCCUUAUACUAUACUUUGCAGUUGCCAAUUGUUAAAUAACAUUUCAUUUAAAAAAGAUUGAGAUGAUUUUGCCCUGAUCUUGAUUAAAGACCAAUCAAUCGUUCUUUAAACUCUAUGGCGCUAGCUAAACCCGGUCAAAAUCGGUCAAUCCCGAUCCGAUGUGGAUGCUUUUGAGAUUUGUGAAUAGCUCACGGAGCUGUUCUGAACUAGUUUUUUUAAGUUUUAUGUUGCUUAUUUCACGUUUUGAAGGUAGCUUUUUCUUUCUUUCUUUUUCUUUCGACAGAGAUUCUACCCUUUUGUAUCUCUUGCCUGUCUUCUGGUCGCCAUACUGUAUUCCUGGAAAUUGUUGAGAGGUAGACCUCUACCUGAAAACCAAAGGAGACGACAGAGAAGGCAAUUCACUUCGUCACCUCAACCCACUGCUACACAGCCUAGCUUGAGCAUUUCUUCAAGCAGAGACGCUUGCUCAUCCUCUGGUGACUCAGGUGCACAGGAUGUAGUGGAUGAGUUUUCUAACUCUGCGAAGGUAGGUGUUAAUUUUCUUUCUGUUAUUUGAGCCCAUGUUUUUUUUUUUUUUUUAAUUUUUAAAGUCAUCACUUUUGCCAUGGCAGCCAACUCUGGGGCAGCUUGUAAGACGUAGAUUGUCUGGAGGACGAAAGGUACUUGUGUUUCCCCCUCUCUCUGAUAUUGUUAAUGAACAAAGAAAAGAGACGAAUUUGACUUAACAGCCUUCAUGAACAUAUGCCUAUUUUCAUUUACCUUUGGGGAGAUAUGUUAUAUUGCAUACAAAAACAGUUUUUCAGGGAUGUGAUGAUAUUAGUCAACGCUUGCUGUUAUUCUUAAUGUUUCCUAUGACGGUGUGAUGUCUAGUUGAAAGCAGCACUUUGGGGCUGAUUCUUUUGUCAUAUCUUGUUCUUGUCCUACAAUCAUCAGAAUUCUGUCUUGACUUUGAGAUCAAUGUGGGUCAAACCAGAAGAUGAUGAAUUCAAGAGUCAAUACCUGGUCACCACUGUUUUGCUGAUCAACUAAACCAAGCUCAUAGAAGAGAUUUCUGGAUCAAUUUAUCUUGUAAACGCCUUCGUGGAGAUCACAAAGGUUGACUUCUGUGAAUGAUCAUAUACUUGAAAGGUCUUCUAGAGCUUUAAUUCUACGGUGAUAAUUAUUUUUCUGUUCCUUUUUUUCAUCAGUGGAUAUGAUAAUAUGAUGGCCACCUUAACCUAGCUGAAAUUGAUACGAUGCUUAUGAAAAGAUACAUGGUAGGAUGCAGAUGCCUGGGUAGGAUUUGAAGCAGUCCGUUUUCAAAAUUAUAGCCUCAUAUAAGAUUUUUUUAUUUGGUUUAAAUAUUAAAGCCUCUGCUGGAUAUUUGACCCCCUUCUGAGGUUUGUGCUUCGGAUCCUACUUGGGGUAGAUUACCAGCUUGGGUUAUAUCCAUGGCAGGAUCAGUAACUUCAGUUCCUCCUUUCAGAGUAUCUCUCUCCUCAUCAAUGUGAAAUAGUGUUAUAUAAUUCAUAUAUUCCAUAUGAUUUACAUCUGUAUGCUUUGGUGGCAGGUGACAUGUCAGUUGCUGGGGGUAAUUCUUGAGGAAACAAACCCUGAGGAACUCCAGGUGUGAGAAAUUUCCAGCUUUCUUGCUGCAGGCUACACGGCAUCCCAACAGAAAUGUUUUUUUGUUGGCAGGAACAUGCAACAGUGAAACCCUCUGUGCUUGGAGUAAUCUCAGAGAUUACGAAGUUAUGCGAUCUUUAUCUCAUGGAAAGAGUUCUUGAUGAUCAGAGUGAGGUGAACAGCUAUGCCCAUCGCACUUUUUUUUUAUUUUUAUUUUAUGAUGGUUCAUAUCUGAGCUCUAUAAGCUACCUACCCAUUUCUAUGAUCACAUUGGGGCUGGUUCAAAAUUUUGGUAUCACAUAUCUAAGUUAAAAAAAUUAUAUUUUUAUCAUCAACAUCUGCUCGAGUUAUGAAUAUGUUUUCCAAUUUCAUAUAACAUCAGAUUAAUUUAUGAAAUGUUUCAUUUAAAAUGAUGCAAGCUAUGCUAAUUGGCAAAAAACGAAAAAUUGGAUUUGGCUUAACUCAUUGAGAUCUGUUCAUGAGUAAUCUUCAGUUGUACCCAGCUGCAAGUUUGUAUUUUUUCAAGAACGAGUUUGUUGGUUCAGAAGGAUUUAAUGAACAAUCCAAUCAAUUUUGUGCAAGAUCCCAGAUCCACACCUUUAGCUUUCCUUUUCUGCAGUCAUGAACUGAUUUCUCUGUAUGUGAACCAACAAAGAUCUGAUACAAAUUUACCAUUAUGAGGCAAAUUUCCACGAUUUAUGGGGCACAUGUUUCUGGAUUGAGUCCAUGGAUUUGCCUCCCCAAUAUAUUAUCUCACGCCUAAUGUUCUAGAUCUACAUGCAUGCACACUUAGAACGAUUGAUCUUCCUGAUUCAUGACACAUAUCCUUUUGAGUACUAUUGUAGGAAAAGAUUCUUUCGGCUUUGAGUGACGCUGGAGUCUUUGCAUCUUGUGGGCUAGUCAGAGAAAAGGUGAGAAGACAAUAUCUGCCUCGUAUAUUUCCUCUUUUGUGUAGAAGCUUUUCUUCUCUCAGAUCUUCUGUUGUUGACCUGUUCUCGAUUAAACCCUCUGCGGAUUUCAGUGUGAGGAAAUAUUUCUGGUGGAUUGGGCCUGCUUUGGGUGGAGAGUUUCAGAUCGUCUGAGAGACUCAUAUCCAUCUCCCUCUCUCCCUCUCUCCUCUUUCACUCCUUUCUCUGUAGAGAGAGAAGGGAACAUCAGACCAACCUGAUCUGGUGAUGGGCCUAAAUGGCAGAGAACACUUACCCACUAGGUCAGAUUUUUUUUCUCCAGUUGGGGUUGACUUCUCGUAUCCGUCUCCUCUCUCUCUUCUUUCUCUGUAGAGAGAGAAGGGAACAUCAGACCAAUAAAUUCUAGCAUAGACCUGGUCUGCUGAUGGACCUAAAUGGCAGUGACCACUUACCCAGUAGCUCAGAUUUUGUCUCCGGUUGGGGUUGACUUCUUUUAUCCCCAUUCUCUCUCCCUCCCUGGGUUCAUAUCGUCUCCAAAGAAGCAACAACUGGGGAAAGCAUCUGUGACUAUAAAUGGAAAUAAUCAUACUACCUUCAUUCUUUAGCUUAUAUUAUUCUGAUUAUUUGGCAUAUAUAAUUCUGAUUUUGCUUUUUGCUGUGCAAUCUGUAGGUCCUCUUCUGUGGUACUGAGAAUGGGCGGGCUUCUUUUGUGCGGCAACUGGAGCCGGACUGGCACAUCGACAUGAAUCCAGAUGUCAUUCACCAGUUGGCCGUAGGUUUCCCUCAUCUCAUUACUCUCUAAUCAUAUCUCAGAUCGUCUGUUUGUGAAUUUCCUCUCUUUUUCCAUUUUUUUUUUCAUUGCAUAUAAACCUCUUUUUUCUUCUCAGAUCGUCUCAUCUCAGAUCAUAUAAAUUUCCUCUUUUUUCGUUGCAUAUAAACCUCUUUUUCUGUAUAAAUUUCCUCUCAUAUCCGAUCGUCUGCUUGGUAAUUUUCUUUUUUACGGGCCAUAUUAUUUGUUUUUUAGUAUUAUAGUCUAAAAACUAUUUAAUCUAUAUUUUAGCCACUCUAAUCGUUUAUAAUAUGCUUUUUUUUAUAGAAAUUCGGCCAAUUAAUUUUCUCCGAACCAAAUCUAGUAUAUUUUUAUUUUGGCAAAAUAUCAUAUUCAUAGUAUGCAUUUUAUAUAUCUUCUCACCUUGGCCAAUUAGUAUACGCAACAUAUUCCAUAUAGUUUGUUUUAUGAACCAGAAUAUCCAUCAUAUCCUUUUCACUCGGCAAGUUGACUUUUUUUAUAUCCACCAUAUUCCUCAUAAUUUUAUUUUAGCAAUCAUAUACCUUUAGAGUAUUUUUUUUAACGUUUAUAAUCCUGGAAACAUACCUUUAAUUCAUAAAAAAUAGUCUGCAUUUUAGUAAUGGAAAGUCAACGCAUUACUGGGUAAUGAAAACGUUGGUGGAAUCUUUGGGCCCCAAAACGUUAUUAUCUCUGCAGAGGUUCAUCAAGUACCAGCUCCACAUCUCACCGGAGAAGCAUCAGCGUGAGGCAGCCAACAUUUUCUCCUCCCCCAGCUUGGAGCUCUUCUUUGGGGCUUCAGAAAGAAUCUGA